AUGGCGGCGCCCUGCAGGCACGUAGGGCACUGCAUCGGUAGAAACGGAAGGUUUCUGUUUUAUAGCUUCGAACAGCGGCUCGGAAACAGGAGCUUCGGUUUGAGUUCAGCUCUGCAGCAACAGACUGCAGAAGCCCAGAAAGAGCCUACAGAAGCUGUGGUCGUCCCUAAGAAGAAGACAUGGCGCAGCGAGGCGGUGCUGGAGGCGCUGGCCUCCACCGUCGGCAGGGACUCCACGGCGUAUCCCUACCAGUUCCAGGACGACCCCUACCUCCCCAGGACCAGCGCUGAGUUUAAGCUGUACUCUCUCUCUCAGGAGUCGGGAAGCGCCGCCGCCAAGUUCUUCGUCAACACCAACCCCAAGUUCUUCACCAAGGACUUUGCGGAGCCGCACAUACCAUGUCUGAUGCCAGAGAGUGUGUCGCUGCGUCUGGAGGAAGUGAGCGAGGAGGCGCUGAAGGAGCGGAUCAGCCUGAGGAAGGUGACAGCUGCUGUGGACAUGUACGACCAGCUGCAGCAAGCCGGCACCGCGGUCUCCAUGGAAACCGUCCACAGCCUGCUGGACCUGGUGUGUCUGUACUGCGAUCGGGACCCGGUCCAGGAGGGAGAACCGCAGCAGGAGGACGCCGAGGCCGGCGAGGAGCAGAGGAGGAGGACGGCGAGGGUCCGCCGGGCCGGCGACCUGCUCAAGCUCACCUGGAGGGAGAACAACAACGCGGAGAGGAUCUUCAACCUGCUGCCGGAGAGAGACACCCGCUGCUACUCCGCCCUGAUCAGAGGCAUGGUGAAGCACGGCGCGCACGCCAAGGCCUUCAGCACCUACACCGACCUGCUCAACAACAGGCUGACAGCUGACGUCCACAUCUUCAACGCUCUGAUCCUGGCUGCUCCGGACGUCCAGGACAAAUACACGGAGCGCUGGGAGCUGAUCACGGACCUCCUGAACCAGAUGAAGCAGCAGAAGCUCCGCCCCAACCUGGAGACCUUCAACAACACGCUGCGGGCGCUGCGGCGCUGCGGCAUGCUGGCCAAGACGCAGGCGCUCAACGUCCUCAACGAGAUGCGGGCCGUGCAGAUCGCUCCCAGCGCCGCCACCUACGAGCACAUCCUCAGGAUCUUCCACAGAUCAGCGCCGCUGAGCCAGAACAGGAGCAGCAUGCUGCAGGAGGUGAUGGCGGAGCUGGAGGGAAGCAGCUUCACCUGCAGGGACCCGCAGGACGCCAUGUUCUUCGUCACCGCCAUGAAAAUCUGUCUGGACUGUAAAGACCUGGACCUGGCGUACAAAGUGCACGGUCUGCUGGAGGUGGGGGAGAACUGGAGGCUGCUGGGAGAUUCCUACCAUCAGAGUAUCUACUACGCCCGCUUCUUCAGCCUGCUGUGCAUGAUGGAGCACCUGGACGCCGUGAUGCGCUGGUACCGCAGGAUCGUCCCCUCGCUGUUUUACCCGAGCCCUCAGUCCCUGAAGGACCUGCUGCAGGCCCUGGACACCGAGGGCCGCCUGGACCUGCUGCCCAGCAUCUGGAAAGACAUCAAGGCUCUGGGUCACGACAACAAGCCGGAUCUGGUGGGGGAGCUGCUGAGCCUGAUGGCCCGAGACCAGCACAGUCCAGAGGUGCAGGCCUCCUUGGCAGACUGUGCUCUGGAUGUGAAGGCGGUGAUGGAUGUGCGGUCCGGGGUGGAGUGGAGCGCCUCCUCGCUGUCGGACGUCACGCUGCUGCUGCUGCGGGCCGACCGCAGCCGUCAGGCCUGGGAGACGCUGCAGCUCUUCAAGUCCAGGAACAGAGUCCCCUCGGAGGAGCUGCUCCACACCUUCCUGACGGUGUUGCAGAGGGACGGCGCCCCCCAGAGGGCGGUGGAGCUGGUGCAGCUGUCGGCCGCCUUCUGCCUGCCGUCCACGCCGCGCCUGGCGCAGAGAGCACUGGAGGAGCUGGAGCUGAGCGAGGAGCAGCGAGCCGUUUUGUCCGAGCUGGAGUCUGCAGAGCCUCAGACUCCUCAGGACUGACCGCCGUCCACUCCUCUGACCCCCGCCCACUCCUCUGACCCCCGCCCAGUCCCCCACCCGCCCACUCCCCCACCCGCCCACACCCAGCUGUAACCCUGUCCUGUCAAUAAACCUGCACCUGAACCUGAACCCAGCCUCAAGCUGCCUGUUCUCCAGCAGAGGGCGCUGUUUGAGGGACUCAGUCAGGAAGAGAGAGAGAGAGAGAGAGAGAGACAUCCUGAAGCUUCUAUCAGAGUCUCACAUGAGGAGGGAGGCAGGUUUCAGUGUGAGACAUCCGUCCUCUUCCUCACGCUGCUGCAGGAGUGUGACGACGGCAGUGUGUCGCCCGUGCAGGUGUGUCCUCCACGGCGAGGGUUUCUCACACACACACACAGCGUGUCUGAACACAGAAAAGUGAGUGAAACACACACACCUGUUCAGACAUCGACGAGGCCUUUUAACAGAACGCAGCACACUCCUGUUUUUACACACUGCACAUUGAGAGGUGUGUGUGU